AUCAGUUUUCACGCGUGUGCACGUGAAGACGCGGCGGCCGUCUUCGCCGUCGGGCCUCGACGCCGAUAGACAAUUUUGGGCGUGCGGCGAAAUCCGCGAUUAAUUGCGCGACACACGAACGCGCCCGCGAGAGUGAAACCGUGAAAGUGAACAUCGAUUACGGCAUCGAUUACGAGGCGCGCGUAAAAAGCGCGCGAACAAGGACAUGGGAUCGGGAGGUGAUCGACAGUGAUGAAUAAUGCUGAAAUUCAUCCGCGCACGCUCCGCGGAAACGCCUGUCGACGACGUUUAGUUGUUUGUCAGCCAUCGGCUCGUCAUUCGUCGUGGAAACAGAUAGAAUUGCAAAAUGUUAUUCUUAAUACUGACGGCAUGCUUCCUGGCCGUGUCUCACGCCGGGUGUCCCAUGAGGCCGACGGUGGAGCAAACUUCCGCUCCGAGAACACCGGGCGACGGCGGCUACAGGAUCCUCAUCAGCGGACAGACGAACGGCUACAUUCCCAACGCGGUCUACACGAUUAGUCUGCAAGGCUCGCAAACGCACGAGAGGCUGCAACAGUUCACGCGCUUCACGCUAACGGUGCAUUCGCAGCAUGCGCCGAAUAAUCACGCGGCACGCAUCGGUUACUUCCAGUUGUUCCCGGACACCUUGACUGCCUUUAACGAGGACUGUAUCAACACCAUCUCCGAGGCCACCGAUUUCCCAAAGUCGGAGAUCCAAGUGAUGUGGCGGGCGCCAUCCGCCGGUGCCGGAUGCGUGAUCUUCACCGCAAUGGUUUUGGAGAACAACGUGCGAUGGUACGCCGAAGACGGCACGCUCUCCAAGACCGUCUGCGAGUCUACGAGCGUCGAAAUCGAGAACUCGAACGAGACCAGGUGCUGCGCUUGCGACGAGGCGAAAUACUCGCUAACUAUGGAGGGCAUCUGGUCGAAUAGAACUCAUCCGAAAGACUUCCCCUUUUCCGCCUGGCUGACACACUUCAGCGACGUUAUCGGCGCAUCUCACGAGCCAAAUUUCUCCUUCUGGGGCAGAGAUCACAUCGCCACAGAUGGUUUUCGACAACUAGCUGAAUGGGGCUCCGCGACGGGUGUCGAAACGGAACUAAGAGCGAAAGCCAACCAACUGAAGACCCUUAUUAAGGCUACCGGUCUUUGGUAUCCUAAUGUCAAUACCAACACGUCGACGAGUUUUAGGGUAGAUCGCAGACAUCCUCUGCUCUCGGUGGCUUCCAUGCUGGGUCCGUCUCCAGACUGGGUGGUGGGAGUGAGCAAAUUGAACCUCUGUCAGAAUGACUGCAGCUGGGCGAGGGGAAUGAUAGUCGAUCUGUAUCCUUGGGACGCCGGCACCGACAACGGCAUCACUUACAUGUCGCCGAAUUCCGAGACGAGGCCGCGCGAGAAGAUGAAGCCGAUCACGACUUCCUAUCCGGAAGACCCGCGUUCCCCGUUCUACGACCCGAGCGGCAGGCCCAUGCUGCCGCUGGCCAGGUUGUACAUAAAUCGGGAGAAGAUCAUCCCGCGCGGGUGCAGCGAGGAGCUUCUGCAGCAGCAGGUGGCCGAGUUGGAGGUGGCCGAGAACACGGAAGACACGGCGAGACCGGAAUGCCAGACGACGGAGUACACGGAAUGGUCAUCCUGCUCGGUGAGCUGCGGCAAGGGCUUAAGGAUGCGCACGAGGUCAUAUAGAAUGCCUGAUAAAGCCACGAUGUUCAAUUGUAACAGGCAGCUGGUCUCAAAGGAGAUGUGCGUCGCGUCUAUCCCAGAAUGCUCGGGAGAGGAGGAAAGCGAGGACGUAACGUCGUUAGUGAACAACGACCCUCGCUGCGCGACCACCGAAUGGAGCGAAUGGUCCGAGUGCUCGAACACGUGCGGCGUUGGUUUGAAGAUGCGAACGAGAAGGUUCCGUGAUCGUCGAGGUCGCAAACUCUGCCCGUUCGUGUCGAUCAUCGAGAAGGAGAAAUGCAUGGAGCCACCUUGCCAGUCGGGAACGGAAGAGCAGAUUGAUCCGCUUUGCAAGGUGACGGACUGGUCCGACUGGUCGCCGUGUAGUGCUAGCUGCGGCAAAGGCGUGAAAUUACGGACCAGAUUGCUGAUGGUCGAACCGUCGCAGCAGACAGAAUGUUCCACGCGCGUGGAGCUGCUUCAGCAACGACCCUGUCUCGUUCAGUCGGACUGUACAUUCGAUAUGGCAACGGCCAAGGUUGUCUGCAUGGAAGAGGCGGACGCCGGGCCAUGCAGGGGUUACUUCCAGAGGUGGGCUUUCAAUCCGCAGAAAUUGAUGUGCCUGCCAUUCGCGUACGGCGGAUGCCGCGGCAAUCGAAAUAACUUCCUUACGUCGGACGAGUGCGACAACACCUGUGGCAUAGUACGAGCAGCUCUCACCGGCCAGCCCCUCAACGGGACCGUAAUCCAAAGUGAGCUACCUACCGCAUCGUUUAAUCCUCCUCCCGUGGACUGCGUGGUGACUCGUUGGUCAAGCUGGACGCCGUGUAGCGUCACUUGCGGUGUCGGUCGUGUAUUGAGCUACCGUACUAUCGAGCGAGAAGCCGAGAACGGAGGCCGCGCUUGCCCGAAGAAGUUGACCCGUCGUUACCGGUGCGAGCUCGCGCCAUGUGAAAAUUGAGAGGUAAUGAGUAAGCACAAUAACAUCGAUAGAACGUUAUUGCAACGACGAUCAAUAGCGUAUAACGUCUUGUAAUAUGUAGUUUUCAACGUUGUAUCAACGUCGCCACGGGUACGCCUCGGCGCUUUAAUAUUUUCGAGACAAUUUUGCAAUAUUCACGGAGAGAUCUUGCUCGGCGAUAUUUUUGAAACAUUUUUAAAAUAUUCAGUGAUUCUCUCGCGUGUUCAAGAGAUGCGCGUAAAAUCAAUAUCGCAAGAUGUCGAUUCAAUGUUCUUUGUUCACUGAUAACGAUAUCUCCGCAAUGAGUGCGAGUCACAAUUGGGAUACAUGCGAUAAACGUUGCUCUCUGAUGACACGCAAUCUCACUACAAAAUCUGUAAAAACAAAUUUCUGAGAAAAUAAGUUCUCAAUUUCGGGACUCAAGUCGUACGACGCGAAUGCGCGACGUGGAUUGUCGUCACUCGUUUGCAAAUGAAUCAUUAAUUAACUAUUCACCUCAACUAUUACCUGCGCCUGCAGCUCUCCAUGAGAUCGCUUCCUUGUUCGCCGCAGAUCACAACGGAAAAGCAAUGCGGCCUUAAUUAGCAAAUUCGACCAGAGAGGUCUCCAAGUGUCGGGUAUCGAAAGAGGAACGCUAUACAUUUUAAUAAUAUGAGAGACGAUUUAUGUCACAAAAUUGAUCCACGUCGGACGUUGCGGGAUAAAUAUUAAUCGAUGCUUUUAUUGACUAUCGGUGUACAUUACUGCCGGUCGUUCACUGCCGAGAUAUUGCUUCACUCUUAUUUCUCUUCUCCUCUUGUUCUCCCUUUCUCUUUUCUUUUUUACCGUUCGUAAUUAAUCGAACGACAAACAUCACGUUGCGGUUCUAUCCUCGGUAGAAAAUAAGCUGGGUACGGAAUAAGAGCGGAUGUAUCAGAAUAAAUGAUAUUUUAUUAAUGGUCA